CUCUUUCCACACUAGUGGAAACACUAGAAACGGUGUCGCCUGACCACCAGCCCAACACAGCCGUCACUUUCACCUGAACUACAAACAGAAGUUGCAAUGCUGUUGAUGGGUGUUUACCCGGAUCACUUCUGCUGACCAGUCCAAUGGGGGUGGUUACUACUAUGGACUCGGAUUCCGCCCGGCAACCACAGGGCAAAUUGGGUGGCCAUGCUCUAAUAGGAGCCAAUCUGGGUGCUCGAGGAAAGCACUAUGUGUGUGGCUCAUUGGCUGCGUUCACUAACAUCAUCGUCACCUUCCCUAUUCAGAAAGUCUUGUUCCGGCAGCAGCUUCAUGGCGUGCGAGCGACUGAAGCCGUGGGUCAGUUGCAAAGGGAAGGGUUGAGGCAUCUGUACCGAGGGCUGCUUCCUCCCCUGCUGCAGAAAACCACCACCGUGGCCAUCAUGUUCGGCCUUUACGAGGAUUUUUCCCGGCUGCUUUUGCGGCACGCGCGCAGCAGUGGUGCACCUGAGCUUGUUACGCGUAGCGCAGCCGCGGCGCUAGCCGGCACUGCUGAAGCCGUGCUCACGCCAUUUGAGCGAGUGCAAACGCUUCUUCAGGACCACCGGCACAACGGGCGUUUCAAUAACACCGCCCAUACCUUUCGGACUCUCCUGCGGGAUUACGGAGUGAGGGAGUGCUACCGUGGACUGGUCCCGGUUUUGUUAAGGAAUGGGCCCAGUAAUGUUUUGUUUUUUGGCCUGAGGGGGCCCAUUAAGCAGUGGUUGCCUGAUGCCCGAAGCCGAAUGGGUCACAUGGCUAAUGACUUUGUGUGUGGCGGGCUGCUGGGGGCGGCACUCGGCAUCAUGUUCUACCCGCUGAAUGUUGUCAAAUCUCGAGCUCAGGCUCAAGUCGGAGGCAAGUUUGUGCCCUGCCACCAGAUCCUGAUGACGGUGUGGCGGGAAAGAGGCGGCAGCAUCGUGCUGCUCUUCCGCGGCGCAACACUCAACUACCACAGAUCUCUGCUGUCAUGGGGCAUCAUCAAUGCAACUUAUGAGCUUCUCCUGAAGGUUUUCUGAAGAUAAUGGAUAAUGCAGUGCACUUUUUCUGAACCAAGCCAAAUUUGAGAGUGUUUUCCCUCUUUAAAAGAGGUCUGGACACUGCCAUCUGCUCUAGUGCACUUAAAUGGAUCGCUCACCUACACUGUAAUAAAAUAUCUGUUCAUUAACAGUUUCUGUGUUUUGUAAUUCACAAGUGUUUAUUUGCAGUGGUGAAUUGCAUUAUGGGACCUGUCGACUUUUAAUGUUGACAAUUCAACUUUACAGUUUAAUUAACUUUUAUUGACAUUUAAUGUCAAUAAAUAUAAUGUAGAAGAAAUAAUAUAUCAAGAAAUUAGUCUGUAAAUUGAGAAGAGAUAGUGCUGGCAGUUAAGUACAAGGCUUUUUCUACAAUAAUACAACACUAACCCAGAUAAUUUAUCACUUUAAACUCUUAUAAAUGUUAUAAAAGUCACCUUUUUAACUUUCAAAGGUUAAAAGUUGUCCCAUGAUGCAAUUUAAAAGCAGAAAUAAAUGCGGAAAAUAACAUGAAUCACAAAAAAUGGAUAACUGCUAACUUACAGAUAUUUUUUACAGUGUAGUAAUGAAAAUCUUGCCAUCAUAUCCUCACCCUCAUGGCAAACUGUUUGGUAAGCAGAGUCUAGUCUUCAGAGUAUGGAGAAAUAUGCAGUGAAAGUCAAUGAGGGAACAGUUUGGUCCUUCAAAAAAGGAAUAGGAAUGUAUAUCAUUGUGGGAUGACGUGAAGGUGAGUAAAUGAUGACGGAUUGUCAUUUUUGGGUGGAUGUUUCCAUUAACAUCGGCACUUAAAGAUUUGUAUAACCAUGGAUGGAAACCAUCCUACUCUGAUGCCUACAUAUAAGUCCACCCAUAUCUCUCAGCUAAGUGUUUGUGAAACGUAUUGCCUCAUUUCGUGGCUUUCGUAUCAGUUUUGUAGUGGCUCUUUUACUCACGUUUUUUUUUUUAUUGGGCGUCUGUGGGACACCGAUGGAGAAAGCACAUUGAUGCACUACUUACAGUACACUUCGACUUGUUUUCUAUACAAGCCUAAUGCACAAUCUCUGGAAUGGAGCAUUACAAGCCAUGCGUAUUAGUAAGUGUUACAUAAAGGUUAAUCGACUGCUCGUGAAUAGGUGUAACUUGUGGACCACACAAGAGAGGGUGAGAGGGAUGUCCGUACAAGCCCAUGAUGUUAGCAUUAUGAAUGCCAGUCAGAAAGAAGAAACAUUGAGGAGUAUUCAAAGGUGUGUGAUGAUUUUCAUCCAAUGAUAUUUUUAUGUAAUGAGUGUUUUGUGACAUGAAUGACAUUUUCACAUCGUUGUGGGUGGAAAGUAAACAAGUAAUUCUUCUAA